AUGGCGGCGGUGGCGGCGGGCGCGGCCGCCCCUCAGCAGCCGCCGCCGCCUCAGCAGCCGCCGCAGCCGGCGGGAGGCGGCGGGAGCGGCUCCGGGGAGGCGGCGGGAGCCGCGGGUGGUGCCGGAGGCGGCGGCGGAGGCGCCGGAGGCGGCGGCGGCGCAGCCGGGCCUGCGCCGGGCUCGGGCUCGGGCGGCGGCGCGGCCGCGGGCGAGUCGUGGUACCUGGCGCUGCUGGGCCUGGCCGAGCAUUUCCGCACGUCCAGCCCGCCCAAGGUGCGGCUCUGCGUGCACUGCCUGCAGGCCGUGCUGCCCCGCAAGCCCCCGGCCCGCAUGGAGGCCCGCACGCACCUCCAGCUCGGCUCCGUCCUCUACCACCACACCCGCAACGGCGACCAGGCCCGCGGGCACCUGGAGAAGGCGUGGCUGAUAUCACAGCAGAUCCCGCAGUUUGAAGAUGUGAAGUUUGAGGCAGCCAGUUUGCUGUCGGAGCUCUACUGCCAGGAGAAUUCCGUGGACACGGCCAAGCCCCUGCUGCGCAAAGCCAUCCAGAUCUCCCAGCAAACUCCCUACUGGCACUGCAGGCUGCUCUUCCAGCUGGCCCAACUGCACACCCUGGAGAAGGAUCUGGUGUCGGCCUGCGACCUGCUGGGCGUGGGGGCGGAGUACGCGCGCGUGGUGGGCUCCGAGUACACCAGAGCCCUCUUUCUGCUCAGCAAGGGGAUGCUGCUGCUGAUGGAGAGGAAGCUGCAGGAGGUCCACCCGCUGCUGACGCUGUGCGGGCAGAUCGUGGAGAACUGGCAGGGAAACCCCAUCCAGAAGGAAUCGCUCAGGGUCUUCUUCCUGGUGCUGCAGGUCACACAUUACCUGGACGCCGGCCAGGUGAAGAGCGUGAAGCCGUGCCUGAAGCAGCUGCAGCAGUGCAUCCAGACCAUCUCCACGCUGCACGACGACGAGAUCCUGCCCAGCAACCCCGCGGACCUCUUCCACUGGCUGCCCAAGGAGCACAUGUGUGUGCUGGUCUACCUGGUGACAGUGAUGCAUUCCAUGCAGGCAGGAUACCUGGAGAAGGCUCAGAAAUACACGGACAAGGCCCUCAUGCAGCUGGAGAAGCUCAAAAUGCUGGACUGCAGCCCCAUCCUGUCCUCGUUCCAGGUGAUUUUGUUGGAGCACAUCAUCAUGUGCAGGCUGGUCACGGGCCACAAAGCCACGGCCCUGCAGGAGAUCUCCCAGGUCUGCCAGCUGUGCCAGCAGUCUCCCAGGCUCUUCUCCAACCACGCUGCCCAGCUGCACACGCUCCUGGGUCUCUACUGCAUCUCCGUCAACUGCAUGGACAAUGCGGAAGCACAGUUCACUACAGCACUGAGGCUCACAACCCACCAGGAGCUGUGGGCGUUCAUCGUCACCAACCUGGCCAGCGUCUACAUCCGGGAGGGGAACCGGCACCAGGAGCUCUACAGUUUGCUGGAAAGGAUAAAUCCCGACCACAACUUCCCAGUGAGCUCCCACUGCCUCCGGGCCGCGGCCUUCUACAUCCGAGGGCUCUUCUCCUUCUUCCAGGGGAGGUACAACGAGGCCAAGCGUUUUUUGCGGGAGACGCUGAAGAUGUCCAACGCCGAGGACCUGAACCGCCUGACGGCGUGCUCCCUGGUGCUGCUGGGCCACAUCUUCUACGUGCUGGGCAACCACAGGGAAAGCAACAACAUGGUGGUGCCAGCCAUGCAGCUGGCCAGCAAGAUCCCGGACAUGUCGGUGCAGCUCUGGUCCUCGGCCCUGCUCCGGGACCUGAACAAGGCGUGCGGGAACGCCAUGGACGCGCACGAGGCGGCGCAGAUGCACCAGAACUUCUCGCAGCAGCUGCUGCAGGAUCACAUCGAGGCCUGCAGCCUCCCGGAGCACAACCUCAUCACGUGGACGGACGGACCCCCCCCAGUGCAGUUCCAGGCCCAGAACGGCCCCACCACCAGCCUGGCCAGCCUGCUGUGAGCGCCGGGAAAAACCGGGAAAACCCCGGGAAAAACCCGGGAAAACCCCGGGAGAACCCCGGGAGUACUCCGGGACAUCCACCGACAACAUCCCGGGGGGAAAAACAAACAAACGAAACAAAACAAAAAGC